AUGAUUAUUCUUUGAUACCAAGUGCCGUACAGAUUACUUACUCCAUCAUAUGUACAGCAAUGUCAUUAAAUAAUGUGUUGGCGCAUCUACAUCACUGGCGGUGACUUGGUGGCACGGACAACGAGGCAAUGCAAUUGCACAAAAUUCUUCAUAAAAGGGCGUCACUGACUGUUAUCUGUCCACUGUAGCUCCACGUAGAGCCGCCAGCACCUAUCUGUACUCGUCCUCCCCCUAAAUAUGUCAUAUCAUACGCCUAGCGGCUAUCCUGGCCCUCAACCAGCUCAAGGAUAUCCUGGAGCCCAAUUCCCAAGCCCUGGCGGAGGAUACCCUGCCCUAGGUCAACAUGCCCCUCCUCCGCAACAAUCGCAGGGCACCGCAAUGAUCGAUACCACUGGUGCAUUUGAAGGAGCACAGUAUCGUAUUGACCACCGAGAUAGCAAUAGCUUGUUGGCUAUUCGUCUGCAACCUGGCUAUGAGAUUAAGGGCAAGCCGGGUUCGAUGGUGGCUAUGGACCCUACCGUCAGUCUGAAGGGAAAGCUGAAAUUCAGGUGCUUCAAGAAACUAGUCACCGGGACGGAGAUGUCGGAAUCGACCUUCGCAGGUCCCGGAGAGGUCUUGCUCGCUCCCGAGAUAUGGGGAGACAUAGUCCCAAUACCGAUGGAUGGCUCGACAACUUGGUCCAUCGGAAAGCACGCUUUCCUCGCCGCCACCAAGGAUGUGAAAUUAGCGACGAAGUCGCAAGGGUUCGGGAAAGGACUAUUCUCGGGAGAGGGUUUGUUCGUCAGGCAGGUGACAGGUGCUGGUGUGUUAUUCGUAUCCAGUUUGGGUGCUGUCGUUCAGCGAAGGCUUGGGAAUGGCGAGCAAUGGAUCGUCGAUAAUGGACAUCUUGUAGCGUGGUCCGCCAAGUAUGCUGUCGAGCGAGUGAAUGCGGGAGGCCUGAUUUCUGCGGCUCAUACAGAUGAAGGAUUGGUUUGUCGCUUUACAGGUCCUGGAGUUGUAUACAUUCAGACGAGGAACCCUGACGCAUUGACAGGGUGGAUUCAGGAGCAAUUGCCUUCCUCGGGCUAAACUUACCUCUUCAUUCUGAUGGUAAACUUGUUCUGCGAGUCGUCUGAUUGUUCAAAUGUACUCUACAAAGCGCAUGUAGAAAAUCCAAGAGAAGACAUUGUAAGCGCU